AGCCGUUUUUUGAGGGCUCAAGCCGGCCACAUCACCCACCCGUCCUUGGCGUCUCGUCUCUCUCGCGUUCGCGCGAGGACGGGUGGAGCCAUUUUUGCGAGCGGGUAGCUAUUUUUCCUCGCGUCUACCUCGCCAUGGCGCUCCAUUCCCGCAUGGGCGCCGCCCUGGUCGCCGCCGCUGCGAUCAGCCUCCUCAGCGCCGGCAUCUCCUUCGUCGCGCCCGCGGCAGGCAAGGCAACGCCUUCCCAGGCCGAGGCCCUGGCCCCCUCGCGGGGCGCCCCGGCGGCCGCGGCGGGCGCCGCGGGCCCGUCUUCGCCCGCGGCCGCGGGCCUCGCCCUCCUCGGCGCCUCCGCCGCCCUCGCGCUGCUCGCGCGCGGGGCGCUCGCCGGCGGCACGGGGAGGGCUCCGCCGGCCGCCGCCGCGCGGAGGGAGGUCGUGGCCAUGGGCGCCUUCGAGAGCGAGCUCGGCGUGCAGGCGCCGGUGGGCUUCUGGGACCCUGCCGGGCUGAGCAAGGACGGCGACGCCGCGGCCUUCAAGAGGCGCCGCUCCACCGAGAUCAAGCACGGGCGCGUGAGCAUGCUCGCCACGAUGGGCUACAUCACGCCCGAGGUUGCCGGCAAGUUCCCGGGGUACCUCAGCCCGUCCAAGGGCCUGGCCUUCCAGGACAUCCCGAACGGCCUGGCCGCCAUCUCCAAGGUGCCCUUUGUCGGCUGGCUCCAGAUCGUCGUCUACUGCCUCUACGUCGAGGCGUCCGGUCUGGGCUUCAACUACAUCGGCACCGAGAAGACGCCCGGCGACGUGGGCUGGAAGCCGCCCCUGCUCUCCGGCUUUGACGGCGAGGCGAAGACGAAGAAGCUGAACGCCGAGAUCGCCAACGGCAGGCGGGC